AUGGAUUUGUCUCAUAAUAACCUCACUGGAGCAAUCCCUUCUUGCAUCUCCAAUCUCAAAAAACUUAAGGUCUUAGAUUUGUCUAAAAACAGACUUCAUGGUCUACUGCCUCUUUUACCUCGGGUCGAGUAUCUUAUUGAUUUAUCACAAAAUAAACUAACUGGUGAAAUCUCAAUAGAAAAUGGUGAAAGACUAUUUAUUCCUUCUACCAUUAGUCUAUCUUACAAUGAGCUUUCAGGUUCAAUUCCUUCUUCAGUAUGUUCGCCAAAACCGAGAAUGUCAUACACUCCAACGGAAUACAUUAACCUCUCCAACAACAAACUAUCUGGUAUUAUACCUUCUACUAUAGGUGACUGCAGUUUCCUUAUAUAUCUAAACCUCGGCAACAACAAUCUCACUGGAAUUAUACCUACUAGUAUAGGGUACUCUCUGGAAUACCUUGCAUUAAAUGACAACAAUCUCGAUGGUAGUUUUCCUACGUUCAUCCUAGAAAUUUCGCAUUUGACUGUUCUGAACUUGGGUAAUAACAACUUUGAAGGUAUUAUACCUUCUGGUCUCGGUUCAAUGGAUAGCCUUAAGAUUCUUUCUUUAAGGUCAAACAGAUUCAAUGGGUCCAUUCCCGAAGAGAUUAUGAAUAUGCAAGAACUUCAAAUACUAGACUUAUCUGCCAACUCUUUCUCGGGUCUAAUUCCAUUUAAUCUGGGAAACUUGACGAGCCUAACAGGUAAACUUUCUAUAACCACGGGUAUGUAUAGAGUACAAUAUCAGCUGGCUAUCAAAGGCAGCACGGCCCAACUUGAGCAGAUGUACAUUUAUAAUUCAGGAAUCGAUCUAUCAUCUAACAGUCUUGACGGACACAUUCCAGAAGAGAUGGGGCUAUUAAAAGGACUUGGUAUGCUUAAUCUGUCGCAUAAUCUUUUCUCGAGCAAUAUCCCAGCUAGUAUUGGAAAUAUAUCUAGUUUACAGUCUUUGGAUUUAAGUUCCAAUAGAUUAUCUGGAAGUAUCCCACAAAAUUUGACAUCAAUCGACCGUCUUGGUUUUCUAAAUCUAUCUCAUAAUAAUUUGAGUGACAGGAUUCCAAGAGGAAGCCACUUUGAUACAUUGAGUCUGGAUGGUUCUGCUUUUGCUGGGAAUGAAUUCUUGUGUGGAUUUCCUUUGAAGAAAGUUUGUGACGGGGAUCAUGUUAUUGGUACUGGUGACACUGGUCCUUCAAGUAAAGUUGAUGAAGACGAUCAAGAAGAUGGAAAAGAAAAGUUUAAGUUGUAUGCUAUUGUUGCCAUUGGGUUUGUAGUUGGAUUAUGGGGUCUGUUCUUAGUUUUGCUUCUAAGGAAGCAGAAAUGGUGGUUUCCGUACUGGAAAUUUGUCGAUUCUGUUGCAGUUAGAAUAGUAGAAGGAUGUAUCCAUAAAAAUUGA